CGCUUUACUGCGAGUUUGCGAACGAAAGGAACUGAUCGAAUUUUUUUGUGGUUAUACAAAGAAAAUUAAAUUUGAAAAUUAGGAUACUUUUCGGCACCUAUUCCUUCGUAAAAUAUAAGCAAAACAAUUCCUGAAACCUAGUGGAAAUGAAGCAUCAUUAGCAAACCACAGAAAGUCAGUUGACGUACAUUUGACGUUCGGCACGAGGACCAGCAGAUUCGAUCGCGGAGCAUCAAAAGCAUCAUCGGACGGAUCAUUCUGAUUUCGGAAGUUCAUUGUAAUCCAGAAGUUUUAAAAUCAAAUGGAGACGGCUGGUGAAGUUGUAGGGUUGGCCAAUGAGUUAGCUCGAGCGGUUAAAAUUACCAUGGAUCCGGCUGCAUCCCAACAGGCUCGAAUGGACGCAUAUGUGGCUUGCGAAAGAUUCAAAGAGGUAUCACCACUAUGCGCACAGGCAGGAUUAUUCUUGGUCACAGGCAACUAUCCGGCUACGGUUCGCCACUUCGGUCUGCAACUGAUGGAGCACACGGUUAAGUUCAACUGGAAUAGCAUUUCACAACAGGAGAAAAUAUUCAUCAAAGAGAAUGCGAUGCGACUUCUGUGUGAUGGUGUGGCGGAAGCACAAGAUCAGAGUGUUUCCCACAUCAAGGAUGGGCUUGCAAGGAUCAUCGUGGAAAUGGUGAAGCGUGAAUGGCCCCAGCAGUGGACCACGUUGUUGGCAGAACUUAGUGAAGCGUGCUCGAAAGGAGCCGCUCAAACGGAGUUGGUACUUUUGGUAUUUCUGCGAUUAGUGGAAGAUGUAGCUCUCCUACAGACAAUCGAAAGUAACCAGCGUCGUAAGGACAUCUACCAAGCAUUAACAUCGAAUAUGGCAGAAAUAUUUGAUUUCUUCUUGAGGCUGAUCGAACUGCACGUAGGGGAGUUCCGGAACGCAACCGUCAUUGGAGACAAACACAAGGCCUUAGGACAUAGCCGCGUGGUUCAGGUCGCUUUGUUGACGCUCACCGGUUUCGUCGAGUGGAUUUCGAUUCAGCAUAUCAUGGCGGCCAAUGGAAGACUAUUGCAAAUUCUAUGCGUACUACUGAUUGACGAGGAAUUCCAACAACCAGCAGCGGAUUGUUUACUCCAUGUAGUGAAUCGUAAAGGGCAGGUCAAAGAUCGUAAGCCGUUGCUGAUUUUGUUUGACGAAGUCCCCGUUGGACAUUACUACAGAGCAGCGCUGCAAACCGAGAGGAUGGGAACAGAAUCCUAUUAUCUUUUUCUGAAAAAGCUUGCCCAGGUUUUGAUGGGUCUGGCUACUCAGCUGGGCAUUUUCUGGGGUAAAGAGGACUGUCAAAUUUCAAGGCCAAGCCUAGCAACAUUCCUAGAGACGGUGUUCAUAUUCUCCCGACAUUCAAGUUUUACUUUGUCCCAUUAUGCCUCCCUGAUUUGGGCAGGGUUACUGAAACAUGAACAAAUAUCUCGUGAACCUCUGGUGAUGGAAUACAUUCCUAAGUUAAUCGAAGUAUUCGGACCGAAAGUCAUCAAAAUUGGCUACCCUUCAUCUCGCCCGACGGAGAUCACCAUGAAUCCCGAGACCUUCAUCAGCCUUGACUAUGACGACGAAGAGGAAUGGCUGAUUUUCUUUGCCCGAUGCCGAACAGACUUCCUUGAAAUAUUCAGACAAGGCACGUUAAUGGCCCCACUUGUAACAUUCUCUUACUGCGAGCAGUGGCUCAACGCAAGACUACAGAAGGCAUUUACCGAAGUCAACACUACCUGCAGCAUCAUCGAUCCAGUGUACAUGGAAUGGGAUGCAUUAGUUGGCGUGUUGGAUAGUGUUCUUUCCCGUAUCUUAAUGGUCACUGAACGACCCUCAGUUGCAUCAGGACUCCGAUUGUUAGAAGAAUGUUUGAAGGUGGAAUCAUCUGACCCGUUAAUCUUCUCAAUUCUGCUUUCCUGCAUUUCAUCGCUUUUCGUGUUUCUUAGCAUGUCUUCGUGUCAGAUCACCGCCGCUAAUUGUGUAGCCAUGUCUGGAGUUCAACUGCUCCCCAGAGUUCUGGACAAGAUAUUCGCGGCACUAGUAUUUCAACUGCCAGGAGCAACGCGCAUCAAUCAAUCUAUUGCCGUUAAGAACCUCCGUCGACAUGCGGCGUCUCUCAUGGUCAAGAUCGCCCACAAAUAUCCUCUCCUACUUCUUCCGAUCUUCGAUCAGAUAAACACCAGCGUUCAAAAUCUCAUCCGCCAGCCAGAACUACUCAGCAACGUAGAACAAAUCACUCUCCUGGAAGCUCUACUCUUAAUCUCCAACCACUUUUGUGACUAUGAACGCCAAAGCAACUUUGUCACGGAAAUUACACGUGAAGGAGUUAAUCUCUGGUUGCACAUGGCUCCUGUAGUUAAAAACGCCCACACCUUCAUCGACUUUGUGGGAUUGAACAAGCUCCCCGUUGAACCAAACUCCGGUGUACAAGAUCCGUGCAACGUUAGCCGUGGUCAAAUUGUUUACGCCCUCAAUCUCAUCUUGGGAAUCAUCAAACGCUGUUCUUGGCCGGACGAUCCGGAUCGAUGCUCUCGUGGAGGUUUUGUAGUUGCCCUGACUGAAUCCGGGAAUCCUAUUUGUAGAAACCCGGCCACAUCGCAUGUGGUUCCUCUGUUGCCACACAUUCUCGCCUUGAUGCGAGUACUCAACGAAAUAUGGAAGCCGGACGCGCUAGCUGCGAUAAAUCCUCACUUCAAAGGUGCCAACGGAAUGCAAGAGCAUGAAAAGAAACAACUUCUCGGUGUCACCUUGGUCCACCAGGAUCCGCUAGAUCCGACGGCGAAGAAACCCUCGACGGCAUUCGACCGCAUGCAGAUAUUUCUCUCGUUGAUAUUCGAGCAUUGCUAUCACAUGAUGGGAUCGGCAGGACCUUCGCUUGGACGAGAUCUUUACGCCCUGCCUGGCAUUGCGGAAGCUCUUAUUGGUAGCAUUUUUGCAUCGUUGGAAAACGUCCCGGACUUUCGUUUGCGAACAAUCAUACGGGUUUUCUUCAAACCGUUUGUCUAUUCGUGCGCUCCAGUUUUCCAUGAAACGGUCCUACUGCCGAUAUUUGCCCAUAUCGCACCAUUCAUGCUUUCAAGACUGACGGCUCGCUGGCAGUACAUCACAGCGCUGUACGAGUCGGGCGAGCUGGGGGAGGAUGUCAACGACACUCAAGAGGUGCUUGAAGACAUGCUAAACCGAACGCUAACCCGGGAAUACAUCGAUGUGCUGAAGGUGGCAUUGGUGGGCAGCACGGUUGAUCCUAUGACACCCAACGCGACCAGUGAAGCAUCCAUGGAUCAAGAUGAUCAGAGCAUGGAUGGCCCACCGCAGGCACUAACAAGAGCGGCUCAAACUGCCAUGACGUCGGAUGUAAUCAGCGAUUUGGGUGGAAAGCUGCUCCGCAAUCAGUACACGUGUACGCCGAUCGUGAUGACCGUUCUGAGUAUCAUCACUUGGAACGACAGCAACUGUAGCUUGAAGGCAGUAUAUUUGAGCGGCCCUAUUAUUCGGUUUCUCGCUUCGGAACAACUAAUCACCGACACGUUGGCAUCGAACAUCAUAAUUGCAGUACUGCAAGGACUUCAACUUCAUGGCCAGCACGAGGCAAAUCAGGCCGCUCUCAACACCCUUGGCGUGACAGCGUACGAAAUCCUACGGCCUAAGUUUCCCAACAUCCUGGAAGUUAUGCAGCAGAUUCCUAACAUCAGUGCGGCCGAUAUCCAGAAGCUCGACGAGAAAAUCUCCCUGUCGGCAAGCACCAAGGGUAACAAGAUCGACAAAGCCAAAAAGGAUCUGUUCAAGAAAAUCACCUCGCAUAUUGCUGGACGAAGCGUAGGCCAGCAGGGCAAGAAAGAGGUUCGAAUUUUGAACCUGCCGCCGAUUGUAGCACCAACUGGGCGUAGCUCGUACAAUAACGUAACUGAUGGUGCACAGGACACAGGCUUAGCACAUCUUUUCGCCAGUCGAAGUUAGUGCGACGGAAGCUGAACUUCUUUCCCACUGAGCAACCUUUAAUUACUAACCCUCAAACACUACACUAAAACCUAUCAAAUAGGCACAGCACUGUUGUUUACAUUUUAAUGCUUAAAAGGUAAUUGUUAGUCAUCACUUCAUCCCUGCAUUUAAUCAACUGCCCGUGCAAGGGUAGAGAGCGGGUCCUUUCCUCCCAUCAAUCAGUUGCCCUGUUUUGUUAAUAAUUAGUCAUAUGAAGCGCCCCAUUGUAUGGUUUCCAUUAGGCAAGCAUUUUCCUAAAUUUUAAUGUUUAGUUAGUAUUUAUUAGAUUUUUGUUCCAUUUGUUAAGCUUAGCUAGCUGGUUGAAAGAACCAGGAAAAGCGCUCCCUAGCCCUCCUGUACGUUAAUCGCGAAUCAAAUUAUCAAUAAGCAUUACACUACCUUUAAUGUGUUGUACAGCAAACGCGUGGAAUGGUCCUAUGGGUUAGACUUGAAUGUGCAUGUACUAGUGUGAGUGCGAAAACUGAGAUAAAUGCGCGGGCAUCACUUUUGAGAUGGGCAUUGAAGGUCAGACCACUGAUUUUUUGAAAGCCGGAUACAGUUAAGGUACCCCUGGAACAAGACAUAAAAUGAAUGGCGCAUCUGAAGACCGGGAAAUCAUUUUCAAAAUGUAGAAAUUCAUGAACUGUCGGAUUAAAAAUUUAAUAAUAAUCGACUUAUUAUUAUCAAA